AUGACGUCCACUCACAACAAGAUCUCCUUCUCGAUCGACGACAUCCUCGACCCGAACAAAUUCAACAGCAAAAAGGCGGGUGAACUCGCCAAGUUUGGAGUUGCGGACGAGGAGGGGACUAGUUUGGAGACGCACAGCGACGCGGAAGGAGACGACACCGCAGAAGAAGACAAUGACCAGUCCGCUUCCUCCAAUCAGCACCCGGUUGUGGUCGACCCCCUCACGAUCACCCCCCCAGCCGAGAGCAACCACCGACUGCCCGAGGAGCAGGACCGCACGUCAAAGGAGUCGACGGUCAUCCCGCAGGACCCGGCGUCGACGCACAACAAGAGGCGACGGCAAGACCAGAACGGCGCCAAGCCGCGGCGCGCCCGGACGGCCUUCACCUACGAACAGCUGGUGGCGCUAGAGAACAAAUUCCGCACCACUCGGUACCUGUCGGUGUGCGAGAGGCUCAAUCUGGCACUGUCCUUGAGUCUGACGGAAACGCAGGUGAAAAUCUGGUUCCAGAACAGGCGCACCAAGUGGAAAAAGCAGAACCCCGGCGCGGACAGCACCUUGCCGCCGGCGCCCAGCCCGCUCAUCAGUCCCGGCCAGGCCACGUGCGUCUCGGGCCAGGCCGGCUUCCAGCAGUCCUUCCCCAACCUCAGCUCUGGGAAUGUCAUCUUUCACACGGCCGCGGCUGCUCCCCUUUCAUCCACUGGAGGGCUCCUGCAUCCCUUUUUGGGCAAUGCAUUUGUGCAGCCGUCCUAUUUCAAUCCCCUCCUAUGAGAGAAGGACUUGACUCUUCUGCUUAUUUGUUGACUGGGUAUGCCAAAUGUUUGACAAAAAUACUUUUUAUAGAAGGGGACAUAUUAUAAAACUUUUAAAAUGGUUUAUAUACUGAGAGUUGUCACUGACGACUUUAAAUUGUCUAUAGGUGAGAACGUGAGAGAGAUAGUUAAUGGUUGUUUGUACCCUGUGAUUGGCUGGUAGUCGGUGGUUGCUCUCGGCUGUAAUUGUAACCCCGCCUCUUGCCCGAAGUCAGCUGGGAUAGGCUCCAGCUCACCCUAAUGAGGAUAAGCGGUGUAGAAAAUGGAUGGAUAGUUGGGUCCCUGGAGUGCCUACUAACCCAUCAAGUGUGAAAUCAAACAUCAAAGUAUAUCUUUUAUCAGCUUAUGUCUGAAAAUGUGUCUGUGAGCGAGCUGGUUUUCUGGUGUACAUGGUUAAAUUAGCCACUGGUCGCUUCGAACACGCACCAUUCAUUUGCAGUCUGGACGCGGAUGGGAGAAAAUCUCCUGGUCUGUAGGGCGUCACAGCGUCUCCAAUUCAACACAAAAAGUCGCUAGAUUUGUUGCACUCCGCUUUAAAGAAAAUAGUGGCUAGAAGGGGCGUAAACUUUGCUAAAUAUGGGAACACUGAGCUAGC